GCAGAUAAAAAGGCGAAAUUUCGAUUGCUCCAUUGAAAUUCUGAGCAGAACUGAACGUAACAUUGUACAUUCUCGGAUACAAAGGUUGUCUAGUUAAAACAAAAUGUUGGCGAUUGUAGGGUUUCUUAUUUUUGUAUCAGCCGUUUCGGCAUAUCCUGCUGAUCAGCCAUGCAACAUCUACGAGCUGAAUGCGACAGACAUUGUCCACCGAUGUCUGGGUAACGAGACGCAGCUGUUGAAUGAGCUUCUCUUACAGUGGCAGACUCCAUUUGACGUCAUUUGCAGCAAUCUGGAUAGCGUCCCAUACUUCCUCGCUUGUGUUCAAGAAGAGUUUAUCAGUUGUCUCCCUUACGGUGAAGAGUUACUCGCCGUGCUGCCAGACAAAGAGAGGAUGCUCUAUGGACUGACAUUCAUCUGUGAAAAUAAAGCAGAGCUUGUUGACAACGAGUGCAUGAAAGAGACUGAAAGAGAACACACGCAGUGUCUGGUCAGCAAGAUGUACGGUCUGAAAAAUGUUUUGGGGGAACCGAGCAAACGAAAUAUACAAACAGCUUUGUGCAGCAUGGUUGAAAUACAGAAAUCUUGUUCUAAGCUAUUUCAUGGUAACUGCACUGAAGAUGCCCUGAACCUCGCCGACGAGGCAUACGACAGGCUGCUCAGGCUCGACCACUGCACUGCCAGCAACACGAUCGUAAUAGAGGAUGAGAAACAUUUGGUGACUCUGUUACUUCGUAGCAUGCUGCUUCCGUCCAGGACACAAGGCCAUCGCUCAAAGCAAUUUUUCGUUUAAUAUAUUAAUAUUUAAAAAAUUCACAAUUCUUCUGCUUUCAACAUUCUCUUCCACUUUCUCACCUCCGCUCUCUUUCCCAUUUGCAUUCAUUUCUUUUUCCUCUUUCAAUGUCCUUCUCCUCUCUCAUGUUGUUCUCUGUGAUACAUUAAUGUCAGAAUAUAGGUUUUAUUUGUAUGACCGUGGUAUCUGCAGUCUGUAAUAAAAAAUGUUCACUUCUAAUAAAUGUUGAUGUAUUCGUU